CUGCCGUCUGCCGAUAUUUCCUCUGGCGGUGACGGCGGCGGCGAGGAGCGCUCGCGCCACUCGGACCAGCGGCGCCGGCACCGACAGCUGCAGCGGGAGAGACGCGCCGAGCGGCAGCACAAGCAGCGCGCCGCCGCCGGCGACUUCAAGUUCGUGGUGGGCGCGCCUGGCGCCGACGCCGACCCGGACGUCACCGAUGACCACUGCGCCAGCAUGAAGGUGGAGAUGAGCAGCUGUUUCCAGUCGCUCUCCUCGAAGCCGGUCAGUCAGAUGGAGUCGCCGCGGCCCCCUCCGCGGCAGCGCGCGCCGUCGGCAGACAGAGCCGUCAGCCACCCGGCGGCCGGCGGAGAGCGGGUGUCGACCGGAGACGACCGGGUCGACUUCCACCGGCAGCUGGCCAGGCUUGUGCGGAUGGGCAGCAGCGAGCACCUCUCCUCGGCGGAGCACCAGAGAAAGCGCUCCCGGGAGGACGUGCGCUACCAGAGCGAGCUCCAGGACGUGCUGUGGCUGGCGCUGCAGGCCUACCUCAGCGGCGACACCAUGCACGCCACCGACCAGGCGCUGUGUCUGCAGCGCGCCCAGCUGCCGGCGCUGGUGCAGCGCGUGCUGGCGUUCCGGUUCGAGCGGCAGCCGGCGGCCGGCGCCGAGCCGCGCUGUGAUGGUUGCCUGGACGUCUGGUGCCGCACCUGUCUGGACGCUCAGCGGCGCGCGCUCAGCGAGGUGUCCACCCUGAUGGAGGCCGUGGACGGCGCCGAGCGCCUCUACCCGUCCGGAAAGAAACUGCGCGAGCAGCAGCCGGCCUUCUGCGACCCCGAGUUCCGGCGCCGGCUGAAGACGCUGUUUGUGUGGCACAACCUGACCAGUCAGCUGUGGAUGCGGAUGCGUAUAAUCCGUCAGUACCUGAAGGGCAUGGGUGCCGGUCACCUGCCGUGGCCCGAACUGGAACCGACCCAGUCGCCGCCGGCUCCCAGUCCCAGCGACAGUGUCAGCAGCCGCGAGCACCCGCCGCCGGCUGCCGGGCGGGAGGUGUUCUCACCUCCCCAGGACCGGCCGCCGCCGGCAGCCGCCCCGGUCCCCCCGCCGCGGGUGAAAUUCGAACUGAGCGUCUCCGAGUCCUCUGCCAGCGCCAACCCGUCCGACUCGAGCAGCAGCAACACGUCGGAGGGCCGCGCCAUGGAGCGCGAGCCGGCGGCGGCGCCGCUGCACUGGUCCGUCAGCUCGACCUCCGUCUGCUCCGCCUCCGAGACCACCGCCGACGGAGACAGCAAGACGCCCUACCGACGCUGCGUCGAGAAACUGCUCAAAACCAAGGGCCUGAAGAAGACCAUCACCAAGCUGAUCAGCCACCUGGGCAGCGCGCUGAACCAGACUCAGGCGGCGCUGCUGCCGCCGGAGGAGCAGCGCGGCGGCGGCUCGCCCGGCGCCGGCGAGGUGCUCACCAGCGGCGACGCCUCCUCGCUGGGUCUGGACGACCACACGGCCGCCGAGCUGCGCGAGUUCGGCGAGGGCUCCGUCACGGCCGCCCAGCUGGCGCUGCCCUCCUUUAAGGCCGUCUACGUGUGGCUCAGCCUGGUGCCGCUAGAGGUCACCCACGAGUGCGUCAAAAUCCGCCUGCAGCAGCAGCCCAAGGAGCCGUCUCCGCUCAGCAUUAGACAGCUGAUAGCCGAGUGUAAGGAGGCGCUGAAGGCGGCCGUGCUCGUGCGCGGCGUGUUCGUGCGCCGGAUGCGCGCCAUCCGACCGCAGGCCGGGGCAGAGCGCUGCGUGGCUAGACUCGACCAGGCCGUGGAGACGUUCGACGCCGACGUCAAGGAAAUGCUCGAGGUGUACCUGCGCUACAUCAAGCAGCUGCUGCUGAUGAUGCAGGGCGAGAUCGAGGUAUCGGCCGCCCAGAAGAGCCUGCUGGAGGAGGAGUGGACGCUCUGCAAACACAUCUGUCCGCACAUCGCCGGCGGAGAGGCCAUCGCCGGCAGAAACUUCUGUUUUCUAGUGAGCGACAUCCUGCCGACGAUCGGAGACCUGUUGGAGAACGGCAUAGACGCGUGCAUCGCCAGUCUGCAGCGGUCUUCGAGCGGUGACGGCGGCCGAGAGCCGCUCUACGGCAGCAGGUCGUCCACGCUGAACACGCUCCGGGAGUUCCGGGUCCUGUUCCAGGAGGCUCAGGACCGCGCGCUCAAGGUGCUGCUGUUCGCCAAACUGCUGCGCCGAGAUCUGGAGAUCGCCGCCGAGUUCUCGAUACAGUGCGGCGCGCAGGCCAUUCUGGACCGGCUGGCCGAGACGGGUCACGUGCGCGUCAUAGCGCCGCACAGCCAGGACCACAUCAUCUUUAUACCAGGCAGUAUCUGUAUGGAGCGGCAGUACGUGUGGCAGCUGCUGGACAUGACGCUCAGCCGGCAGGACAGCCGGCGGCCGGUCGACGUCGGCUACCUGGUGCUGAUGGCCUGUGACGACUGCGGGGAUGUGGAACAGCUGUGGCGCGGCACCACCAUCCACCUGGAGCCCACCGCAGAGACCACCAUCACUCUCAGCUACGUGGAGGUGAAGGGUCUUCUGUUGGUGGUGAACAACACUAGUCACCUGGCGCGCGCCCGCGAGCCGUUCCAGCGGGCUAUGGGCGCCUGUCUGACUCUGGAGAGGGACGAGACGCCGCCCAACCGAGCCAUCACCGACGCUCUCGAGGAGCUCAAGGAGGAGGCUCUAAAACUGCGUCUGGUGGUGGCUGACAGUGUCGCGCUCGUCGAGGAAAAGUGCUCAGCGAUCCUGGCCGACCCGGGCGCCACCUCCCUGGCCGCCCGCUGCCGCGAGGUGGUCCAGCAGUGCUUCAAGUUCGCGUUCGAGUACCACCGCGAGCUGGUGCGCCUGAUCACGGGCUCGCGCCGGCCCGAGGUGGCGCCGGCGCUCAUCUCCGUGGCGCGCCAGUGGAUGCGCUACGUGGUGGAGUACUGCCCGCGCGGCCAGGGGCUGCGGCCGCGCUGGGCCAAGGACGGGUUCGACUUCGUCAGUCUGUGCACCGAGCCGCAGCACACGCUGCACCUGGAGGAGGAGGAGUUCAAGACGCUCCAGCGCGAGGUCACCCACUGCAUGCGGCACAUCAAGGGCCUGGCCUGGUCGGUGUCGUCCUCUCCGCUGGGCACCGCCGCCGCCGCCGCCGCCGCCGCCGUCGGCUCCCGCUCAUCGUCUCCGUCCGACCCGAGCCGGCCGCUGUACCGGUCGUCGCGCUCGCUGCCGCCGCCGGGCGAGACGCCGCGGCCCGACGCACGGACGGCGGUCGGAGUGCCGGCGGAGCUGCACUCGCCGACGGCCAGCCGGCGGGACUCCGCCGACCGGCCGCUGGGCGAGCUGGGCAGCCCGGUGGGGUCGGCGCCCAGUCUGACGCCCGGCUCCCCGGUCGUGUCUCGCGCGGCCGGCCUGGGACACCGGACCGGCUCUGUGUCUCCUAGUCGACUGUCUCUGGAUGGUCUAUCUCUAGUCAGUCCUCUGGAGCGCGCCCGUCUGGCCGUGCUGGAGCUGGACGAGCGGCGGGACGAGGCGCUCCGCGACCACCGGCGCAUCGGACACGUCAGCGAGCGGCGCGCCGACCGCGUGCACAUCAAGGCCAAGACUGUCGGCUUCACCUGGCAGAUGGGCUUCCUCAUUGGUCAGGGCCGGUUCGGCCGGGUGUACACGGCCGUCAACAACAAGACGGGCGACCUGAUGGCCAUGAAGGAGAUCCACCUGCAGCCCAACGACCACCGCACCAUCCGCUCCGUGGCCGAGGAGCUGAAAAUACUCGAGGGCAUCAACCACAGACACCUGGUCAAGUACUUCGGCGUCGAGAUACACCGGGAGGAGAUGUUUAUAUUUAUGGAGUUUUGCGGCGAGGGGACGCUGGAGAGUCUGUCGGCCUCUGUCGACUGUGGACUGCCCGAGCACCUGAUCCGCCGCUACACCAAACAGCUCCUGUCGGCCAUCACCUGUCUGCACGACCACCACAUCAUACACCGGGAUAUCAAAGGCGCCAACAUAUUCCUGACGGACGAGUGCCGCUGUCUGAAGCUGGGCGACUUUGGCUGCUCGGUGAAGAUAGUGGCCCACACCACCAUGCAGGGCGAGGUCAAAGGACUGGUCGGCACACCAGCGUUCAUGGCCCCGGAGGUGUACACCAGCUCGAGCGGCGAGGGUCAGGGCCGCGCCGCCGACAUCUGGUCACUGGCCUGCUGUGUGGUGGAGAUGGCCACCGGAAAGCGUCCGUUCCCCGACCUGGAGGACACGUACCAGAUCAUGUUCCGGGUGGGCAUGGGCGGCAGCCCGGCGGUCCCCGAGAAACUCUCCGCCGAGGGCGGACACUUCCUGGAGCUGUGCUUCGUGCACGACCCCAAGCUGCGCGCCUCGGCCCAGCAGCUGGAUGACCAUCCAUUUGUAAAGGUGGAGUUGGACGGUGACGAGUACUUUAGCUCGCUGCCCCAGUCGCUGAUGGCCGGGUUCACCCGCCAGGACUACGGAGUGACGUGAUAGCGUCUGCCGGCGGACCGGGGCCGGACUCGGGGCGGGACUCGGUGUGUUGUCGCAUGUGCCGGCCGCGGGCCGCGUCUCAGACUGUCCCACUGUCCUGUGUCGUGUGCUGUGUGUGCGGCUCCGCGCUGCGAGACACCGAGGCACUGAGACACUGAGACAGGCGCGCCGCGGCCGGCCAGCUCAUUACUCGCAGACAGGGAAACGCGUUAGCGCCAGCCAGUUGUGAAGGCCAGACCGUGUCUGGUGAUGCAAUCAUACGGCCUCGCCAGCCCAACAGUAGCACCGUUUUAGUUGCUGUUUUCAGAUGAAAUACCUAUAUCCGAGUCACGACGUUUCAGGUCCGCAUUUACGUUGUUUUAGCUAUGGAAUACGACAUGCCGGUAACGUGGGUACAGUCUCAAGGAUUAGCAUUUGCCAGUGUUCAUUGCCGUGGAUUGGAGUUGAGUCCUAGAGCCGGCGUUGGCUGUGCCUGGUGGUCAGUUAGGUGCGUUGGUAGGUAGACGGGCGGGGUCGCCCGCGCCGUGGGACGGGAAUCUGCCGCGUCCGAACCCACGUGUCAGUAUGUCUGUCUGUCCGGCUGUUGUCCCAAUGUUUACUGUGGCUGUCAGCAAUCCUGUUCAGGGGGAUGUUUUACCUUCGCCCCUAAACUGGCUCCCGGACCGAGAUUGGGAGACAAGUCAACGCAGCUAUUUUAGGUACCAGAGCUAUCAGGGUCACUAGACGGCGACCACGCAUCAAUUUUAGAACGGCUGAUAUUUUAUUGGAAACGAUAUUAUGUGAGGGUUGAAUUGAAGCGUCUAAAACUAGUUAAAAACUAGGAAAGCAUAAAUAUUGUGUUAUUUGUAGCCUUUCGUUACUUUAAUUUGGCUUGACGUCAAAGAGGAUUCCUAAAGGCCGUGGGCCAAUUUCAUAUUUUAAUCUCAUUUAAUUUUUAUGGUAUUUACUUUAGUCGGAUCGUGCUAUUUACUAUGUAAUUAUUAUAUUUGGUGAAUGUGAGCAGUAGCAGUGUUUUUAUCUGGCCAUGUAAAAUCGACCGUUUUCAUUUUACCACCACAAACCACCGUCCCAAUAUUACAAUCAUGUGCUGUUGCAAAAUGACUCGGGGGCUCGUCUGGUAAUGUCAUGUUUAACCUCCAUAGCACUCGAGGAGGCCACUGGUGCUGUGUACACUUGUAUCUCCAAUAAAGACCAAAUAUCGAA